AUGCACGACGAUGAAGCUGGAUCCUGUCUGAAAGCCGAGCCCGGGUCGUCGGGGCAUAAUUUGUCGCCAACCGACCCCGAUAGUCCCAUGACCUGGUCAUUCCUGAAAAAAGUCUAUGUAUCUGCCGUUUCUUUCGCCUUUGUAUUUGUUGUCAUGUACGGAACAACGACAUAUACUGCCGCUGUCAACGCUGUCCCUGCCGCGUUUGGUGUAUCCCAACGUACUGCCCUCCUCGGCUUCACCAUGCCCUUUUAUGGCGUCUUCUUCGCACCCAUAUACACACCACAUCUCUCAGAAAGAUACGGACGUCGACCCAUCUACUUUACCAGCUUCCCUCUCUUCUCCCUUUGCGUCGUCGUCAUCGGUCUGGCCUCAAACAUUUCCACCUUGCUUGCCUUUCGUUUCCUCGCUGGACUUUUUGGUGGACCAUGCCUGGUUCUGAUCGAGGGGACAUUCGCCGAUGUCUGGCCUGCACACAAGACCGUGACAUAUUAUUCCUUCCUUACGCUUGCAUCGUAUUCGGGAGCCGCUCUAGGUCCACUCAUUGGCGGCUUCGUCUUUUCGGUCAAAGGUCCAGCUUGGCUGUCUUGGGUCACUCUGCUAUUUGCCAUGGCCGCAAUGGCAUUUGGUGCUUUCAUGCCUGAAACCUAUAACCGAGAAAUCUUGAGGACUCGCAUUCGCUACAACAAGAGCGGCAUCAAGUUGCCUUGUGCACAGAGCGGAGUCACCACUUCCGAGAUGGCGCACAUCACUUUCUUUACCCCCCUCAAGAUGCUCUUCACAGAGCCCUUGGUGAUUCUUAUCACCCUCUACCUUGGACUCAACUUUGGCGUACUGUUCCAAUGGUUCAUUUCAGUACCUGCCGCAUUAAAUGCAGCUUAUGGGUUCGACGUUAAGAAGGCCGGACUUGCCUUUCUCUCGGCCCUCAUCGGUGUUGUAUUCGCGCUGGUAUCGUCUAGCUCUCUGGAGGCUUUAUUCUCGAAACCAACAAAGCACGGCAUGGAGUCCAUCGAAAAGCGCCUCAUACCCGCAAUGGUUGGCUCGUUCUUUGUUGCCGGCUCUCUCUUCUGGGUUGCGUUCACUGCCAAACCCACAGUUCAUUACGUGGUCCCCAUCUGUGGCACAGCUUUCUAUGUCUGGGGUAAUGCCAUGGUUCUAAUCUCCUUCAUCUCCUACCUCUUCGACGCUUACCCUGCUGCUGGAACGCUGUCAGCACUUACAACAGCAGCUUGUUUCCGAGUUGCUUGCGCGGGUAUCGUUCCUCUCUUCAUUCUUGAUGUGCUGAAGGAUCUUGAUGGAGACUGGACGUUCAGCACCUUUGGCAUUCUCUCUGCCAUCAUGGGCACGUUCCCCUUCGUUCUCUAUUGGUUUGGUCUAUCGUGGCGCUCAAGGAGCAAAUAUAGUGGGGGCUACAUGUCUGCCUCGAUGACGGAAGAAAGCAUCAUGUGA